AUGAUGGACGGUGGCACUAACCAAUAGGUAAACGAAAUUGCCUGAAGUGGUUUCGGGAAGCGGUAGUUGCUUACAAGGGAUGUGGAGCACAAGAAGGAAGCGGAAUCUAUGACCGGCAAUAACGAAUGGGUUGUGGAUCUCAUCGAAUCAACGACACCAUCAGGCACUGAACUGGAAAAACAGACUUUUUUAACCCAGAUCCUCCCACUGCGAGGAUCGUCUCUCGUGAAGACGGCGCGAAACGUGAGGUCUGCUUGCAUAGAUCACCAUGGGCGAUAUGAAAACACCUGACUUUGAUGAUCUGUUGGCAGCUUUUGAUAUUCCUGACAUGGAUGCAAAUGAAGCCAUUCAACCUGAAGAUGGGGAGGAACAAAUGAAACCUGCAACGGGAGAAUCUGGAAACCUCGAGCAUGGGCUUCCCCAUGGAGAUAUCACUACUGUCAGUGUCAUAGUCAAGAACACUGUAUGCCCUGAACAAGUUGACCCUCUGGAAGUACAUAGUAAAGAGAUACAGGGCCUAGGGUCUCGGCUGCUUCAAAAUGGUUUUAACAGCCCUGAUGUCAAUAGAUCUGCAGUUCCAAGGACUGCAGAAUCUGUUUCCGCAGCUUCUAAUGGAGGGGAGACCUGGGCAACCAGAGGGAAAGGCGUUAAACCAAUAGAUCUUUUUACAGACUUCAAUCCUGUAGAUAAUCCUAUGGACAACCAUACAACCAAUUUAAUAGACAGGCCGCGAGAAAUAAAAUCAAAAGAGAGACCAAUUUUUGAGUCUCCUGACCCUGUGGUAUGCCCUUCUCCUGCUUUGGACUCUGCAGUGGAAAGUACUCAUAGUUUAACAAGAGGAAAUCCCCAAGGUUUUGGUAUCAGUAAAAUCACCAGUGACAGUUUAAAUAUAGGACUAUGCAUGGAAACGCCUCUAAUAAAAAAGGAGCCAGAAGAAGAGGCAACGGUAGUCUGCCCAUUAGAGCACUUGAAGUCUGUUACUGUUCGCUACCCUUCUGGUGAAGAGAUCAUUCCCCCUUGGAAAGAAGAUGCCCAGAUUAAAGAGACGGGUAUCAACAAUAUAAUUGAAAAAAAAAGCCCUUCAUCCUUCACAACAAACUCUGAGUCUGCCGUGGAGUUCCCAAGCAAUUCAAAUGAGCCCAUGGUCAGCCCAGUGACUGAUGCACCAAAUGUAAAAGAGGAACCAUGUUGGAGCCCUAAAAGUUUAUCCAGUGAUGUUGAAGAAGAGGGGAGCAUCAGUUCCCCAUCUUCAAAUUCCUCAAGGCCACUUAAAGUUCGUAUCAAAACCAUAAAAACACGCUCUGGAAGCAUAACCAGGACUGUCACCAGAGUCCCAUCUGAUACAAAUGCAUUAGUAUCAAAUCAAGUGAGUGAGGAGUCUCCUCAGGAACCAUCAUCGGAGACUUCCACAGAGAAAACUUCCGCUGCAAAAGAAGAUAUAAGCCAGGCAUCUCCUAAAGCAAAAACUGAUCUUGCCAGCCCUUCCAAGACUGAAGGGUCUCAAGUAGUUAAACUACAGCUAGGCAAUGCAGUGAAACUAAAAGGGUCAGUAUUGCCUGUUUCCACAAUCCAGAAUGCAAGCAGUGUGAUGCUUAUGGCUGCCAGUGUAGCUCAACAGAAGGCAGUAGUACUGCCUUCCAAACCCAACAAAGUAAUGACUAAGAAUAUUAUUCACCUGGUGCAGCAGCCACUCUCCACCACAGCACCCUUGUCUAAUGUCAGUGUAACCAGUCAGGUGUCCCCUAUUAACACAGUCACUACCACAACUGCAAGCCCCCAGCGCAAUGCGACAGUUGUGAUGGUGCAGUCCCAGAAGCCGUCCCCAGCUGUAGCUGGCACUGUUAUCUCCAGGACUCAAUCCAGUCUAGUUGAAACCUUCAACAAAAUCCUUAAUAGCAAAAACCUACUUCCAACGUAUAAGCCGAAUCUAAGUCCCCCAGCAGAAUCUUCUUUGAGCCUGCCUCUUUUUGGUUUCCGCUGUCUUGAAUGUGGAGAUUCUUUUGCACUGGAGAAGAGCUUAGCCAGACACUAUGAUAGACGGAGUAUGAGAAUUGAAGUGACCUGUAACCACUGUACUAAGCGUCUAGUCUUCUUCAAUAAGUGUAGCUUGCUCCUACAUGCCCGCAAGCACAAAGACAAUGGCCUGGUUAUGCAGUGCUCACAUCUAGUUAUGAGACCUAUUGCCUUGGAGCAGAUGAUAGGACAGCCAGAUGUCACACCUCUUAUCUCAGUUGCUGUUCUUACUCCAGGUAAAGCUGCCACUCCAGGACCUGCUCAGGAUGCAGUGGCCACGGCCACUGCUGCAAGUGACUCAGCCAUUCUGCCCGGAAAUGGUUCUUCAGAUCAAUCGGUCUAUUCCACCUUUAGAUGUCUGGAGUGCAAAGAGCAGUGCAAGAACAAGUCUGGGCUGGCAUCUCAUUUUCAGCAGACAGGAACAACCCCAGCAUCUGGCAGUACGGUGUGUACUCUGUGCCCAAUGAUGAUGCCAAAUCGUUGUAGUUUUGAGGCCCACCAGCGAAUGCAUAAACAGAGUUCACCACAUGUCUGUCCGGAAUGUGGGGGAAACUUCCGCAUAGAGAACUUCCAGACACACCUAAAGGAAACCUGUCUUCACUUUUCCCGCAGGAUUGGUUACAAAUGCCAGAGUUGCGCUGUUGUUUUUGGAGGGGUGAACUCCAUCAAGUCUCACAUCCAAACUUCCCACUGCGAGGUCUUUCACAAAUGUCCUCUCUGCCCCAUGGCAUUUAAAUCAGCGCCAAGUGCUCAUGCCCACAUUUACACACAGCAUCCAGGGUUCAGCAGCCAACAGGCGAAGAUGAUCUAUAAAUGUGCCAUGUGUGACACUGUUUUUACACAUAAGCCUCUACUCUGCUCCCACUUGGACCAUUCCCACUUUGAUCAGCAGUUGGCGAAUCAGAGAGUCAGCGUGUUUAAGUGCCCAGAUUGUCCUCUGCUGUUUGCUCAGAAGCGUACCAUGUUGGAACAUUUAAAGACCACCCAUAACAGUCACGUGAAAGAAGAUCCCCCACAGCCCCCAGAGCUGUUAACACCGAAGCCGGAGCCUGUUGAGAGUCCAGUAACAAAACAGUCUGAAUCAAAAACAGUCGUGGAGGAGUCCUCAUCUUCUGAACUCCCAAGCUCACCUGAGGUUCGAAAGAAAAAGAAAGUGAAAGAUGCCCGCAAGGCAGAAGCUCCACGGCAAAGGAGCAAUUGCUGGACAUGUGGGAUCUGCCAUUCCUGGUUCCCUGAAAGAGAUGAAUAUGUAACCCACAUGAAGAAGGAGCAUGGAAAGUCAGUAAAGAAGUUUCCAUGUCGUCUCUGUGAACGGUCAUUCUGCUCAGCCCCGAGUUUGCGUCGGCAUGUGAGGGUCAACCAUGAGGGCAUUAAACGGGUGUACCCAUGCAGGUAUUGUACAGAGGGAAAGCGCACCUUUAGCAGCCGCCUCAUCCUUGAAAAGCACAUUCAAGUCAGGCAUGGCAUCAAGGUCACAGACCAGACAAGGAGUCAAGAAGUCUUUGUGUCUCGCCUUGGUGGAAAAGCACAGGUAACUUCAAAAAAACGAAAAAUGUCAACAGAUGAAUCUGGGAGUGAUGAACCAAACACCACAAAGCCACCUCCACAGAAGCCCAGGCGAUCCUUCCAGUGCAGAGCAUGUGGGUACAAAACAGGCAGUUUGGCUGACUUCAGGCAACACAUCCCUCAGCAUCGCACAGAUGAAAGCUCACACCAGUGCAGAGAGUGUGGGGUCUGUUUUACUUCCCAGGGAUCCUUAAACCGCCAUAGGUUUAUGACCCACAAAAUGAAGGGAGCAACAGAAGAAGAUCAGAAGGAAUCUCCACCAAAAUCGGAGGAACCUGCUGAUGGUAAAUUUUCUUGCCGGGUGUGCAAGAAGAGCUUUGAUAGCCAGCUGAACUUAAAUACUCACUUUAGGACACAUGGCAUGGCCUUUAUAAAACAGCGGCAAAGUGUAGGGACUGAUAACUAAGGGAAAUUGGUCUAAGAACUCACCUAAACUUUGCGCCUAUGCUGCCUCAAUUCCAAGGUGUCUGGUGUUAAGCAUUUGAUUAAUAGCGGUUCUUCCAUUCCUGACAUUGCUAUGGCAUAAUAUGAAUGUUGCUACUUGUUUGGUAAGAUAAGGUCUUACACUUAUUGUCUCAAUAUACUGUACCUAGUGUGUCCGCUAUACAGUAAGCAAGAGAUAUCUUAUCACUCGAGAUGCCCUUUCAGCACAGUUAUUUUAGAAAUCGGAUAACUGAUACUGUUCUGUCAGAGUGUUUACAGUACAAAUGCCAGCAUAUCUGGACUUUAAGUGGAGCUUUCUUGUGGAAUUUGUGCAUCUGACCUUCGAACACACAAGUGCAUACAAGAUUGUCUAAGUGAUUGUAAACACUGCAGCAUUGAAUUAUAAUCCCCAAUAAUUUGUGAGGUGCCUUAUUGCAGCCACCUGAACCAGAAGAAUCAUCACUUCCGGAUUGUACAGAUUUGCAGAAAUUUUUGGGAGUCAAAAAGGACUUUUUUUUUUUAAAAUAAAUUCAUCAUGAUAAAAUAACAUUUAAUAUGUAUUCAGUGCUCCUGCUUUGUGCAGCAUGUACUCUAUGCAGUGACCCAGUAUUUAAUUCACUGACUCUUUUUUACCACUCUGAUUCAUUCCCAGAACAUGGAGUUACUGUUUAUUCUAGUGGAUACACUGCUUCAGACUUGACAUGGAGGGUGUUUUUUUUCUUUCUUCUCUCUCUUAAAGAUGUUUGGCAAAUUUUACUAAGAUCACUCCAGUCAUACCAACUUCACUGAUCAUGCAGACUCUUUAAUUUAACCAGUUUGUUUUUCUAUGCAACUGAUUUACAAAAUAAUAGAAAGAUGAUCAAGCUAUAGGGAAGCACAGAAGUACAAAUAUACUGGUGAGGCUCGAGAGACAUCAACUUGAAAUUUGCCCAUUGUUGAAAUUUGAGGAGAGUAUAUUUUCUUUGUAAAGACAGCCCAUUGUUUAUUAUUGCAAACCA